CAGAAGCUGUGGACGGCAACUUCUUCCUAAAUCACCUAAGAUGUCAUCUGGUAAGAUGCCAGAAUAUACGAUGCUUACUCCUCUAUCUCUGACACCAGACGUUAUGCCGCAUGACUUCGAACAACUAGUCAAUCUGGGUCUGACGCUUCCAUGCGAAUUAGUUCCUCAUUAUUCAUUUGUUAAUAUGAUGCCCCCCUUAGGCCCUACCGUAGUGCUGGAGAAUGGAUCUAGUGGAGAUCCAGGAUCAGAUCCACCAGUCACUCCAAGAAACUUAACAAGCCCAGAAGUAGAUGAUCGCGAUGAGGAAGAAGAAGAGGAAGAGGAAAAGGUUGGGACAUCAAGUGCUAAUAAUUUGAGCAAUGGGGAAGUGGACUCCGAGCAAACUGAGGGGAAAACAGGAAAAGACCCUUUCGCACCCCAGUGCAAAAUACCUCUUCCAACGCCUUUUUCACCGUACGAAUAUUGGUUAGAACCAUCUUUCAUUCGCAGAAGGAACGAAAGAGAGAGGCAGAGAGUACGAAACGUCAAUGAUGGAUUUGAAAGAUUAAAAAGUCACCUUCCGAUCAGUUCAAAAGACAAGGACAAAAGGCUGUCGAAAGUAGAAAUAUUGAGAAUGGCUAUCAGGUACAUUCGAAAUUUACAGGACAUGCUUAGAAACGACGGAAUGGAUGAUAGCAAAGAGAAUAUGGUUUGCAUACACUCUGAAUCAGAAUAGCAUCUAGAAUAAAUAUCAGAAUACCAGAGAUGAACUCCUGUCCAUACCUUUCAGAAAAGAAUAAAUACAAGAAGUGAUCAAAACAUUUGUAUUAGAAAACUGCUUCAUAAUAGAUUUAAUCGGUUUGAAGGAAAUUAUCUCUUGCUUAGUGACGAAUCAAAUUAAAGACCUCUUUCGAUAGAAAUUCACUGCUUACUGCUCAUUAAUUGAUGAAACAAUCAUCUUCAUAUCUUGAUAUGCCUGAAAUUGACGUCCUUCAACGAAAGUUUCAGAGUGAAGAAGAUAAAGAAGCAAAAAAGUUUUGGAUAUACGAAACGAAAGAAUGAUUAACAAAAGAUUUGUACUGUAGGGCAAAGUCUUUUAUUUCAGGACAUCCAGCUUCUGAUUCAUGAGACUACCAACAUAAGGACCCGUAAUAUAGUGUGGUAAGAUGUAUUUUACACAGUUUAUGAAGAUCCUUCGUUUAACCACAUGUGGCGGACGAAAAAUUAGAAUAAAAAAAUAUGUCCACCAGUUUCAGCUCUAUAGCAGGAAAAAAAUAAUAAGAUGUAUUCCAUGGCAGCCAGGACAUCAACCCUACUUGCUACACACAUAAGUUUGAAUGUAACGAAUAUCAUGCUAACUACAUAUCUCGAUUAUGACCUGACUUAUCUAUACGGAAUAUAUACAUCGUGCAUGCAAAUACAAUGCUAAGAGAGAUUUUUGAUUACUCCACGUGAAUCCAGAUUUUUUAAUAAAACAAAAAAAGGAAUGUUAUUUUAAGCUUAAAUCAUAAUUUAUUCAUCAGAUUAAUUUAUGUGAGAUUCAUUAAAAGUACUGCAUGUAUAGAUUUUGAAAAUGUGUAAGCUCGAAAGAGCACGAAAAUGUUCAAUUACUGCUCAUCCAAAGUAGUGGGUGAAAGGUUUCAUUUCUUUACACAUUUCAUUUUAUCUGCAAGUGUGAAAAAUAGUCUUCAAAAGACGCUCAUUAAAAUGCAUUUUCAUUUCUCUGAAUUUCUAACAACCGAAUUUUUCGAAUCCUUUCUGAGUUUAUCAUAAGUCACUCAUACACUAUACUGUUUAUAUAUAUUACUGGUUAAUAAUGUACUUUUUAGGCUUAUUGUACUUAAAACUGUCUAUUUUAUAUGCAAAUAGGUUUUCCCUAAGUCCCCGAUGUUAUAAUUUUCGCUAUUUGAAAAAUUCAGAAACAUGAUUGCCCUUGUGAUAUUUCUUCUGUCAAAGUGCAAAAAUAUUUUUGUGUAAAUAACUUUGAUGUGUUGCAAUAAAUAUUACUUUAUUAUGACUCUUAGAAA